GCAGGCAGACAACAGUCAAACAGUCGGAGGUAAUCAGCUAUCAGCUGUGCGGUUCUAUUCAAAGAGGUCACCUUGAAGUUGUGAAUUUUUACUGAGUAAUUUUAUUGUAGUACGCACAGGCAGUUUUUCGCCGCUGUGUUAGCCAACACAAAUCAGUUAAGUCACAAAUUUUUUUGGGUAUAUAAUAGUACGAGUGAAAGCCAGGAUGGACGGUUUUGGGCGCUUUUUUGCUAACCUUCAGCGGCAGCUGAGUACAAUGCUACAGGCAGUGUUAAAUUUGCAAUUUGUACAAUGGAUCGUCGAUUUCUACUCAAAAUUAACUACUGAUCGUCAUAUUGAUGCUGAGGUCGACGCAGGCGCCAUCGCCAAUGGCAUCGAAAACAAUAGCGUUAGACAGCGCAUUAAAUGGGCCUGCGGUGCUGCGGAGGACGCCAAUGAGUCAAACUCUGCGACAGAAUCGGAAGUUGGCGUCGGUGACAGUGGCAAUGCUAGCGAGAGCGAUGGCAAUCAAAGUAUGGAAAAAGGUGAGGCGGGAACGGAGGCGAAGGCGGCUACAGUGACGCCCAGCUUGGAUACGAAGUGCCAACGAAAUGCGGUUGCCGAUCCUAAAAGCGACCAAGAACAGCAAUUGCCCGCCGUACCGGUGACAGAAACAGUUACGGACGUCGGUCUUGCGGGUGUGUUGAAUGCAAUUCCAAGUGAAAAAAUGGGAAAUGCUCUAAGUAGUAAUAAAAACAAGCAAAAAACGAACAAAAAUGUUGCCGGUGGUGAGGGCUCUAAUUCAAAAAAGUCACCAACCUCGACGCAAAAAGAUCAUACCCAGAAUAUAAAUCUAUCCAAACAAAAAGACGGGGGAGACAAGCAAAAAUCUAAGCCUGAUAUAAUAAUAUCAAGCUCCGAGGAAGACUCUCGAAUUGCAGCAGAAAAUAACAGCAAACGUCAAGAACCAGAAAAUUGCAUACAAAAGACUAAUUCAAAAGAAAUUACCUUAAAGUCAUCAGAAACUGCCGAGGUUAAGGCAAAAUCAGUAGCAGACGAACAAAAACCCGAUUUCACUCAAAUUUCUUCCGAGCAAUCGAACUCGAAAGAAACGGAUUUGAAUUUAAACACUCACAAAGUAGAAACUGAAAAAGACUCACACGUACAAGUAAAAGUUGACAAGACAAUAUUACAAAAGCUUAACUUGCAUCAAUUAGAGGCGGAAGAACCGAAAGCGAUUGAAAUGAUGAAAUCGUCUGAUAUACACAGCGUACCUAUCGCUGAGGGUACAAAUGCCGAAAGUGUUCUUUAUAGAAUCAAACGGGGCUCCACUUUACGCGUACAUGGCGAUGCCUCACUGUUGGGUCGGGAAAUUAUUUUAUACACCAAUUACCCGGCCGAGGGUAAAAAGUUUGUUCGCACCGAGUACCGUAUAUUGGAUUGGCAUUCACGUAACGGGAAACCAUUCACAACCAACUUGAAUAAAUAUGCCCAUGUUGUAGAUACCGACAUUUUCAGCCAAGUGAAAAUGAAUCUAUCAGGCACCUUCCGCUUCUGGUUCCAAUACAAGGAGAGUACUCGUUCGGAGCCUGACGGCUCACUUUACGUACAAGUAGAACCCACCCUUCACGUGGGCCCACCCGGCUCACAAAAAAUUAUACCGCUGAAUUCGGUGCGCUGCCAGACGGUUAUCACAAAGCUAUUGGGCCCCAUUAGCACCUGGGAGUCGAAAUUGCGUGUGGCCAAAGAGUCGGGCUAUAACGUCAUACACUUCACACCAAUUCAGGAGCUUGGUGGUUCUCGUUCGGCUUACUCACUGCGCGAUCAACUGAAAGUUAAUCCAAACUUUGCCGCAAAAAAAGGUGGAACCAUCGGUUUUGAUGACGUGGAGAAGGUCAUUAAGAAGUGUCGCCAAGAAUGGGGUAUCGCUUCCAUUUGCGAUAUUGUACUAAAUCACACUGCCAACGAAUCUGAUUGGGUACGCGAACAUCCCGAAGUUACUUACAACUGCGCAACCAGUCCUUAUCUGCGUCCCGCCUUUUUGUUCGACGCUUUACUUGCCAAUUGUAGCCAAGAUGUGGCUGCUGGAUAUUUGGAAAACGUGGGCGUUCCAGCAGUAAUUGACCGGGAGGAACACUUACAGGCACUUAAAUAUCAAUUGCAUAAUGUGUAUUUGCCUAAAGUAAAUAUUCAUGAGCUCUUCCAAUGCAAUAUCGUCAAAUAUGUGGACGAAUUUAUGGCCUUAGUGCGCACUCGUGUACCGCCAAAACAUGUCGCCGAUGAGUCGCGUUUCAAUGAGAUACAAUUGAUCACAGAUCCACAGUAUCAUCGCUUAGGCGCCACUAUUGAUUUGAAUUUGGCACUGGAGAUUUUUAAUGCAUUUCAUGGUGAUUGCUUCGAUGAAGAAUCACGCUUCCGUAAGUGCGCCGAGACCUUGCGUCACCGCUUGGAAACGCUUAAUGAGGAAGUGCGUGCGGAGAUCCAAGGUUAUCUUGGCUAUGCAAUCGAAAAUUGUUUGGCAGGUGUACGGUAUGAGCGCGUACAGGAAGGUGGUCCUAAGGUGCGUGAUAUUACCGAGAACCAUCCUCUCUUCAUGCAAUAUUUCACGCAAAUAAAGGCUAUCGGCAAGAGCCUCAAGGAAAUCGAGCAAGGCAUGUAUGGAGAUUUAGGUAGAUUCUUCCAAGCACACAACGGCUGGGUUAUGGGCUCUAGCGAUCCAUUACGCGACUUUGCCGAAGAACAGCCUGGGCGUGGAAAUGUGUACUUAAAGCGGGAGCUGAUUGCUUGGGGCGACAGCGUAAAAUUGCGCUACGGCAAGAAACCCGAAGAUAGUCCUUACUUGUGGAAACAUAUGACCGAGUAUGUGGUAAUCACUGCUAAAAUUUUUGAUGGUGUGCGGUUGGACAAUUGCCAUUCAACACCAAUUCAUGUUGCCGAAUAUUUGUUGGAUGCCGCAAGAGCUGUUAACCAAGACUUAUAUGUGGUAGCUGAGUUAUUUACUAACUCAGAUGCCACAGACAAUGCAUUCGUGAAUCGUUUGGGCAUUACUUCCUUAAUACGUGAAGCUUUGUCUGCCUGGGACUCACACGAGGAAGGUCGCUUGGUUUAUCGUUUUGGCGGUGAGCCAGUGGGUGCUUUCUAUGUCAAUCCAAAGCGUGAUUUAGCACCCAGCAUAGCACAUGCGCUGUUUAUGGACCAAACGCAUGACAAUCCAUCGCCAGUGGAAAAGCGUUCCGUUUACGAUUUAUUACCCUCAUCAGCAUUGGUAUCGAUGGCAUGUUGCGCCACUGGCAGCAACCGAGGCUAUGACGAACUUGUGCCGCAUCACAUCCACGUCGUCGACGAGGAGCGUCAAUACCAAGAGUGGGGCAAGAACGUUGAUUUCAAUACUGGUAUUAUUGCCGCCAAGCGUGCCCUGAACUUGCUGCAUGGUCAACUCGCCGAAGAGGGUUUCAAUCAAGUGUACGUCGAUCAGAUGGACCCGAAUAUUGUCGCUGUAACACGUCAUUCCCCAACCACACACGAGAGUGUCAUACUCGUUGCACACACCGCUUUCGGCUAUCCACAUCCUAACGCCGGACCUACCGGGGUGCGUUCGCUGCGCUUCGAGGGUACACUAAACGAAAUUAUACUAGAAGCUGAUAUUUCAAUGAAAAGUGACAAACCAUACGAUCGGCCGGGACCCUUUAAGAAGGAUCCGAAUUACAUCAAAGGUUUCUCACAAUUCCAACUGAAUUUGCGCGAACAUAUACCCUUAAAUAAGUCGAAAAUUUUCCGAGCUACUCCAUAUAUUGACGGUAAUAUUACACAAUUGGAUUUCGAAAACCUCUAUCCAGGAUCAAUAGUUGCUGUCAGAGUAUCCCUGCAUAAUCCAAACAAGCCACACGCUGAAAAUCUUCAAAAACUCGUCAUUUCAUUGCAAUAUGAAAGUGGGCCGAUGUACGAUGAGUUGCGUGAAAUUAUUGGCAAGCUAGACUUGGUAGACUUGAACCGCGCACUUUUUACCUGUGACGAAGAAGAACGGGACCAUGGCUAUGGCGGUGCAACCUAUGAUAUCCCAAAUUAUGGUCGUAUAGUUUACUGCGGUUUGCAGGGCUUUAUCUCCAUACUAACUGAAAUAUCGCCUCGCAAUGAUCUGGGACAUCCCCUUUGUAAUAAUUUGCGAGAUGGGAAUUGGAUGUUGGAUUAUGUGGCUGACCGCCUGAGUCAUCGCGAGGGCACCAAGGUGCUGUCGAAGUGGUUGAAAGCUACAUUUGAACCUCUGAAGAAUAUACCACGCUACCUCAUUCCUUGCUAUUUUGACGCCAUUUUGAGUGGUCUAUACGAAGCUCUCGUUGGGCGCGCCUACCAACUGAUGCCAGAAUUUAUUCGUGACGGCCACAACUUCCCACAAACACUCGCUUUGGCGACGCUGCAGUUCUUGUCAGCUUGCAAGUCGGCUAAUUUGCCGCCACUUAGUCCAGCUGUAACACCUCAACCGCCGGAGACAUGCGUUACUCUUUCAGCAGGGUUACCACACUUCUCCACCGGCUACAUGCGUUGCUGGGGCCGUGAUACCUUUAUUGCAUUGCGCGGGGUUAUGUACCUGACUGGACGCUUCCAGGAGGCACGCUACAUUAUACUCGGAUUUGGCCAAUGCCUCAGACAUGGUCUCAUACCAAAUUUAUUGGACAACGGCACUAAACCACGCUUUAACUGCCGCGAUGCUGUCUGGUGGUGGCUGAACUCCAUCAAGCAAUAUGUCAAUGAAGCACCGCAAGGUAGGAAUAUCCUCAACGAUAUGGUUUCACGCAUUUUCCCCUACGAUGAUAGUGAGCCACAUGGACGUGGUAAAUUCGAUCAAAAGUUAAUCGAUGUGAUGCAAGAGGCAUUGCAAGUGCAUUUCCAAGGAUUGCAGUAUCGCGAACGCAAUGCGGGCUAUGAAAUUGAUGCGCACAUGACGGAUCAGGGCUUCAACAACAACAUUGGAGUACAUCCAGAAACGGGCUUCGUGUUUGGCGGUAACAUUGCCAAUUGUGGCACAUGGAUGGAUAAGAUGGGCUCCUCGGAAAAGGCUGGUAAUCGUGGUCGUCCAGCCACACCGCGUGACGGCUCGGCUGUUGAAUUGGUUGGACUGCAAAUGUCGGUGUUGCGUUUUAUGCAGAUGCUCAACGAGAAGGGUGUUAUUGAGUACAAAUCAGUGGAGCGCCAAGGACCAAAUGGCGAAAACACCACUUGGACCUACAAGCAAUGGGCUGAUCGCAUUCAAAACAAUUUCGAGAAAUAUUUCUUUGUCAAGGAAUCAGAGACUGCCCUAAUGGCGAACAAGAAAAAUAUAUACAAGGAUUCGUAUGGAGCUUCGCAAGCUUGGACCGAUUAUCAGUUGCGUUGUAACUUCCCUAUAACUAUGGUGGUCGCACCGGAACUUUUCAAUCCACAAAACGCUUGGAAAGCCUUGGAGCAGGCACGCGAACACCUGCUCGGCCCACUCGGUAUGAAGACCCUCGAUCCAGAUGAUUGGAACUAUCGUCCAAAUUACGACAACUCCAAUGAUGCCGAUGACUGCACAGUGGCGCAUGGUUUUAACUAUCAUCAGGGACCUGAAUGGAUAUGGCCAAUAGGAUUCUAUUUGCGCGCGCGUUUAAUAUUUGCAAAGAAAUGUGGUUAUUUGGAUGAGACAAUCGCAGAGACAUGGUCGAUUUUGCGCGCCCAUUUCAAAGAGUUGCACACCUCCCACUGGCGCGGCCUGCCUGAACUUACAAACGAUAAUGGCGCCUACUGUCAUGAUUCCUGUCGCACACAGGCUUGGAGUGUGGCCACCGUAUUGGAGGUAUUGCACGAUUUACACGCCAUUGGCGGCGAUGUUUGAAACUAAUUACAGUUUUGCUUGCGCCUCGCAGCAACUUUGCCUGAGAUAAAUAGCACCCCCAAGAAUAAGCCAUUAGAAGAAAUCAGCACAUACUUGACAAACUCGUGCAUGCAUACAUACAUACAAACACAAUAUACAAUAUUAGAUUUUACUAAAUGAUCCUUAAGAUCAGCUUACUUGUUGGAUACUCCGUGCGUUCGUUAAAUUGUUGGUCUAUUACAUUUUGUAUUAAACUACGUUGAAGUGUACUAAGAUGCUGUUGACUAUUUCAAAACAUACAUACACAAUAUUUUGUACUUUGUAGUUGUUUAGUUUGUUAGACUGUGUUAUUGUGAAAUCGUCCUUCAAUGACCCAUUGGCAGUAGAUACAUACAAGAGAAGUUACUAUGCAAGCCAAAAAAUAUUACUACUGAUACGCAUACAUAAAUAAAUUUCGAAAAUCUUGUUCAUUUUCAAA